GUUAGAUUAAAAAUUAGAAGAGAAGAGAGCUUGCAUAGAGAGAGAUAACGAAGAAAACCCAUGGCAGAGGAAGGGAAACCCGAUGCACAGCUCUUCCAACUUCUCUCCAGUCUCCUCCAUCAGGUUGAAGCACUGACUAAUCAAGAAGAAGUUGAACUGCGAUCUAAAAUUGAAGCUCUUGGAUUAGAAGUUACAAAAGUUCCUUCAAAGUCAACUCAGCAUCUUGACGAGUUGGAGAUAGCUAAGGAGUUGGAUAGAUUGUCAGCAAAAUUGGAUGAUGUUGAUGAGAUGAUAUCAUCAACCAUGGCUGCAGAUCCACAAGUGCAGUCCCUGUUGAGUGGUACAGCUGAUGUGUGGAUGCCAGUUAUCACUGCUACAUCUGAGGAAAGACGCAAUUUUACAGCUUCUCCGGGUGACAACACCACCCAAGCACAAGUUGAAAACACUAAAUAGUUUCCUGUUUCUUGUCAUUAAAUAUGGAUAUGUUUUUAGUGCUUUACAUUAUUUUUAAUAAACUGAUAUACAUAAGAAAGUGCUUCGUUAUAUUUUUCUUUUUUACUAGUAUGUCAAACAAUUGGAAAAAGAAAAAAGAAAUACCGUUCUUUGAAAU